AUGAACAUGUACUUUUAUAUAACCCGUGUAGGCUCCUGUGGUGAGGCUACCCCAACUUCUCGUCCCUACAGCAUAGCAGCAUCCUUUUCAAGGACGAAAAUCGCCCACGCCAUGGCUCACAACGAAGCGGCCUGGAUUGAUUCUCCCUCAGAGUAUCCCUUAACCGUCAAGGGUGCUCCCAAGCCUUCAGCAGGCCCUGCAGAAAUUGUCAUUAAGGCUGCUGCAGUUUCCAUCAACCCUGUCGACUGGAAGAUUCAGAUCCAUGGCAGAUAUCUGUCACAGUACCCCUUUAUUCUCGGCGAAGACGCUGCCGGCUUCGUAGAGGAGGUUGGCGUCGGUGUCAGCCGGUUUAAGAAAGGCGACAGGGUCAUCGCCCACUGCCAUGGCCUAAUGACGAAAAAUCCAGCCAAUUCCGCUUUUCAAACCUAUCCGGUCGCCAUUGAUGCCUUGGUAUCCCCAAUACCCGACUCAAUGACAUUUGAGCAGGCUGUUGUUCUCCCCCUCGCCAUUUCAACAGCUUGCGCCGGCCUAUACCUUGAGAGCCACCUCAACCUGCCACUGCCUUUGACUGAUAAGAGUGAGAAGAAUGGCAAAACCGUUUUGAUCUGGGGCGGUGCAUCAUCCGUCGGCGCAACGGCUAUCCAACUUGCGGCCGCCUCGGGAGUGACUGUCAUUACUACGGCGUCCUCUGCCAAUCACGGUUUUGUCAAGUCACUUGGGGCCACCAUCGCUUUGGACUAUAAGUCGCCCACCGUCGUUGAGGAAAUCGCGAACAGUCUCAAUAAAAAUGACUUCAUCGGUGUGUACGAUGCCAUAGGCGAAGAUUCGAGCUUUGAUAAUAUAUCUGCAAUUCUUGAUCGACUUGACAUGGCAGUGCCCGUUGCUAGUGUCCUUCCCAGCAAUAAGAACACCGAGCGAUUUAAUCCUGUGUUUGUCGUUCCCUUUGACAUCAUUCAAGCGCCCAAUCAGCACAUUGGCGAAUGGAUCUGGGAAAAGUUCAUUCCUGAAUCUCUGGCUAAUGGUUCGUUCAAGGCUAAGCCCGAUCCCUUCGUAACUGGUUACGGUCUGAAAGACAUUCAGAGCGCUAUAGAUGUGCAACGCAAGGGUGUUUCAGCGAAGAAGAUUGUUGUUACUCUUUAA